UAAUAUCUUCCUCCUUUCAUUAUGGCCGCUCGCUUUGGUCGUUCCUUAUACCGUUUCUCUUCGGUCAACCGCCCCACUGCCCCCGCCCCGCGCUAUCCUUCAACGGAACCCCGACCUACCUCGCCCACCACUGAGCCCCGUCCUGCUUCUCCACCGCGGAUGGCCUCCAACACUAACCCUAAGUCACCCGAGCCCAAACAGAAGGCGAUGGUCCACAAGGGCAAGACCCAGAAGGCGCAGCAGCCAAAUGCAAUAAACAUCGCGGGAGAAAAUGUUGGGGCGGUGAUGGAAAUUGUCGAGUCCUCAAAAGGGGAAGGGGGACAUGUUGUAAAGAAGAAAGAGACGGCGAGGGGUGUAGUGAGCAACGUCGACGACACUCUCAAUGAUCAACACAAGGACGCUUCUAAACACCACAAGCCCGGCGCCCAAAAAGCACCCGCUUCCUCAUCGCUGCCGACAACCACUUUUCUGAACAACAAUUUUCAAACCCUAAACAAUUCCCUUGUUUUCGAUGCAUCUUUGGCUCACCGUCACCCCGGUUUGCACCUCGCUUUCUCCCGGAAGCAACACCACGGAAUACUCUAGAAAAAGAAACUACAAAUAAUAUUAUAUUAUAUAUAUUAUUAUCUUAUGAGAAUAAAAUGGAUUAUGUUCUGUUUUGAAUUA